AUGAUUAAUAUGAUAUUUUCAUUGAAAUUGAUGAUCAUUUUAUUUGUUGUAAUUCCUGAAGUGUUCAGUUUAAAAUCUAACAAUUCUUUUCGACCAAACGAAGUUUUGAAACCACCUGUGUGUAUGACAAACUUUUUAGCUCUCAAUUACGAAUCUAAAACUAUAAAAACAACACUAUUUGAGUGUUACAGUAACAUAAUUGAUUACAAACGAGUUAUAAAGGGAUACAAUUUGCAAUCAAUUUGUUUUAUUGAUGAGCAUUGGAUAAACGUGAAUAAAAGUACACAUCAAAUUAAUCGAUGUGGGGAAUGGAUGGAAAUUGUUGGCCCAAGUCAAUUUCCAAUCAAGUGUAUGAUAGCUGGUACUUUUAAGUUAGAAGAAAACAACAGUGAUCUUUAUAACAACAGUACUGCAAUUGCGAUUGGGGAACAUUUAUUCUUAAAAAUUACUGGAGGGCUAUCCCUUCAUGAUAAAGACUAUGUCCAAGCAACAGUAACUGAAACUGAUUUUGAUAUGGGAAUAAACCCAUCAUUGUGGGUGAUUAAGAAAAACGAAACACAUGCAACUCUUCAAUUCACUGAUUUUAAUAGACCACCUGAAUUUAUUGAAAUUAACUCACGAUUAAUAAGAAAGAAUUAUGAUGACACUUUCACGGUUGAUAAGUAUAAAAAUAAAAUUAAUAUCAAGCUUGUUUCUUUUGGAAAUGAAAAAGUGGAGUUUGAAGGAGUGGACUUAACAUCAAUUGUCAGAGCAACAGCAACAGCAAGAUUUGGUCAUAUUGACAUUGGGCAUUGUAAAUAUUUAGCAAAUGCAAAUAUUUUGAAUGAAAAAACGAGUCACGAAAAUAAUUUAUUUAAGUGGUCUCUUUUUCAAAAGCAGAUAGAUGGAAGCAUUGAAGAAAUAGAUAUUAAAAAUCCAAUAUUAACAACUGAAAGUGGUAAUGAUGAUGUUGAAAUAUAUUUUUGGUAUAACACUGCUCUUUUAUUUUCACAAGACUUUUUUGAAUUUGAAGCACAUUUUUUAUCAGAGAGUGACAUUGAAAUUACAAAGGUAAAGUUGUUAAUAUCAAAAGAGAUAGAAAGUGGUAACAACGCUUUAACUGGAAAUUUAGUGAGUGAUAUUAAACUGUUCAAAGUGUUCAAAGAUAACAAUACAAUUUAUCUCAAAGCGCCUUUUGACCCAUCUAAUUUUGAAUUUGCAAAUACAAUUGGGAUUACUUUAUCAACAAAAAGUAAAAGUGUUAUUACACUAAAGAAAGCAAAACUAAAAAGAAGUGCAAUGUUUCAAAAUGUUACUGAAUGUGAAGUAGAGGCUUUUGAUUGCUUACACACAGAAUGUACAGUAACUAAUACCUCAAAAGAUGUAGGUUUUCAUAUUUGGAAAGAUGGGUGUAUUCCCAAUUGUGGGGUUUGUUUAGAAGGUUACCUGUGUACUACAGCUGGCACUUGUGAAAAGGAAAGUAACAACAAUUUAAGAAGUGUUGGAAUUUUAUUACAAACUUUUUUCUCUAUAAUUCUAUUCUGCUUUAUUUUUAAUUCAAUCAAAUAG